AGAGAGCGGCGGUUCGGGUCGUGCCCUGCUGAGGGACGAUGGGGGCUGAUGACCUGGACGCAGAGACCCUCAAGAGGCUAAAGCGAGAGGCCGCGAUCCGCUCCAAAGAGCAAGACUUCGAGCGCAGAAAGAAGGCAGAAGAGAGGAAGAAGCGCGAGCAGCUUCAGGCCCUGCGGGAAGAGUAUGAGUCCAAGCAGCAGAAGCGAGAGCAAGAGAGGCUGGCCUUGCUGAAGAAGCAGACAGAGCUGAGGGCCAGAAAGAAGGAAGAGAACGCUCGCUUGAAUACGCUCCGCGAGAAAAACAUCGCAAGGCGACAUGCGGCGUGGCGCAAGCGCGCGGACGCGGAGAUCCAACACAUCAUUGAGGACCAGGUCGCGGAGGAGGAGCGUCUCGAGGAGGCGAUAGCUGCUGCGCGUCAGCGAAAGAAGGAGCGCGCGGAAGGUAUCCGAGCUGAGAAAAUGGACAAGCAGACGCGGCAAGAGGAGCUGGACAUGGCCCGCGCUGAAGCGGAGAUGGAGCGCUCCAAGCGCCGGGACCUGAAAGCCAUCAACCGCGUCGACCAGCUUAAGAUGGAAGCGCGAGAUGAGCUGGAGUCAUUCAUCCAGAACCCUUACCCAGUUCCGCUGAAGCAGGUCCUGGCGGGAAGGCUGCGGCCUGUGCCCACCGUCACCGAGCUCCUGGCGGCCUACAAGGAUCAGAGAGAAGAACUGGAGCAGCUGGAGAAGGAAGAUAUCCCCAUGCGGGCCCAGCUCUGCAACCAGAGCAUCUUCCAGUACGUCCGCGACAUCCAGAUGAAAGCAGAGGCCGAGCGCAUGCGCCCGCCCGAGCCGGUGGCUGGGGAUUUGCUGCGCACGGUGGGGAAGAAGAAGCAACAGCCCACUUCCCCGGUGCGGCGGAACAAGCGCCCCGGCGCCGGCAAUCGCUGAGUCAGCUCGCUCGGUCCGCUCGCGACGUGCCUUCGACUUCUAUGCGCCGUUGUCUGAUGUCUUUGUUUGC